UGCCUGGACUUUUCCCUUCGUUGACACGCGACCGAGAAGCCGUGUAUAUUGGUACUGCGCGAGAUUUAAUAUUCAGCACGAUUUGUUAUAGCAAUUAUCCAGCAAAAUGUCGAAGAUUCAGGCCGGAACCGUGGUGGAAAUGAAGGGUGACGAGAUGACAAGAAUCAUCUGGGAGCAGAUCAAGGAGAAGCUAAUUUUUCCUUAUAUGGAUUUAGAUAUUCAAAGCUAUGAUUUAGGAAUUGAGAACAGAGAUGCCACAAGUGAUCAAGUCACAAUAGACUGUGCAGAAGCAAUAAAAAAAUGUAACGUUGGUAUUAAAUGUGCGACUAUAACACCGGAUGAAAAACGGGUUGAAGAAUUUAAAUUAAAGAAAAUGUGGAAGUCGCCAAAUGGUACGAUUCGUAAUAUUCUCGGAGGUACAGUGUUUAGAGAAGCCAUUAUAUGCAAGAACAUUCCCAGAUUAGUACCUGGAUGGACAUACCCUAUUGUGAUUGGUCGUCAUGCGCACGCAGACCAGUAUAAAGCCACUGACUUUGUAGUACCAGGCAGCGGAAAACUUGAGCUGAAGUUUACCCCCGAUAAUGGCGGUAAUGUCAUGAACUUUACUGUGUUUGAUUUCAAAAACAGUGGGGGUGUGGCACUAGGAAUGUACAAUACAGAUGCUUCAAUCCAAGAUUUUGCCCACAGUUGUUUCAACUAUUCCUUGGAUAGAGGUUAUCCACUUUAUCUUAGUACUAAGAAUACCAUAUUGAAGAAGUAUGACGGUAGAUUCAAAGAUAUUUUCCAAGAAAUAUAUGAUAAGCAGUACAAAUCUAAGUAUGAAGCCAAGAAUUUAUGGUAUGAGCACAGACUUAUAGAUGACAUGGUGGCGUAUGCAAUGAAAUCGGAAGGUGGCUUUGUAUGGGCUUGUAAGAAUUAUGAUGGCGAUGUUCAGUCAGACUCUGUAGCACAAGGGUAUGGUUCAUUAGGUAUGAUGACCAGUGUAUUGAUAUGUCCCGAUGGUAAGACGGUUGAAGCUGAAGCCGCACAUGGUACAGUAACAAGACAUUAUAGAUUCCAUCAACAAGGCAAAGAAACAUCAACCAAUUCUAUCGCAUCGAUAUUUGCAUGGACACGAGGUUUGGCACAUAGAGCUAAGUUGGACAAGAAUGAUGCUUUAGCUAGAUUCUGUAGAAAUUUAGAAGCUGUCUGUAUUGAAACUAUAGAAGCUGGUUACAUGACCAAAGAUUUAGCAAUCUGUGUGAAAGGAUCAAUGGAUAAAGUUGACCGCUCGGAUUACUUAAACACCUUUGAAUUCAUUGAUAAACUGGCAAGGAAUCUGAAGAACAAGAUGAGCAAACUCUGAUGGGAAUGACUUCACCGCAAUUAAAUCAAGACUGACACUGUAUAAUAUGGCUAUCAUAUAAGGGGAGGGGUAGAUAUGACAAGCACUUUUAAUUAAAUGUGAGAUAUGUAUGCGUAAUAUAUAGGCAUAAUGUAUGUAAUGAUAAAUACUAAUAUAUGCAAUAGAUUUUGCUGUACGGGUAAUAGAUUAUGCAAUCACGUGGCAGUGUUUGUGCUCAAGACUUUGGGGGUGGGGGUAUGAAAAAUGAUAUGGACUUUCAAAUUUCUUGUAUUCCCGAUUGGUUUGAUUUGAUGUAGCAUUCUGGGAAGACUCUUUUUCAUGGAGCAUACUCGAUGACAUAAAAUUCUUGAUGAGUUAAUUUAUGAUAGCGAAUGUUUUAGCUUCGUACUAUGGUUUUGUAGUUGCUCUAUUAUUAGUGCAUUAAACUUAAAUCAAGUAAUAUAUUAAUAUUUCAGUAUACUAUGCAUUUCUAAUAGAACAAAUACGGUAGUAUGUCUAUUGCCUCAGAGCUGCAUAGUACAUGUAUUUAGUAGUCUAUACAAGAUUUAUUUUCCAACCAAUGUAUUGAAUUUGAGGGAAAACUAAUAUAUGAAACUAAUAUUUAA